AUGACUGACCAUCAUGACAGUGUUUCCGAAGAUUCAGAAGAUUAUGAAAGAGUUAGGGAAUUGAUAGAUGUAGAUGAGACAAUUACAUCAAGUGAGUCACCAGAUUUUCCGGAUUCUUUUUGGGAAGAAUUUAGAAGACUGAAUAUAAGUAGCGACCGUUUGAGUCGCAAUGAAAGAUUGGUGUCUUCACACGAACCCGAAUUACCCACUGACACAAAUGCUGAAAGCACCAUAAGAUUUAGAUUAAAUACAUCUAAUGUUGAAGUUACCAACACAACCACACCUGCUGGUACUUCUGAAACCAGAGCUAGAAUUAUUGAAAGAAGAAAAGAGGCUAAUUUAAGAACAAUAAUUGAAAUCGAGCGCUCAAUGAACGUUAGUCUCUGUUAUGUCUUAGACUGUACCGGUCUGUAUCUUCUAUAG